GGAGGGGGCGGGGGGGCCGCGCCGCGCGAGCCGUUGGGCCUGGCUCGGAGGAGGCGUCGCCGCCGCCGCCGCCGCUGCCGGCUCCGUAGCCGCUGCCGGGAAACACAAGGAAAGGGAACCAGCGCAGCGUGGCGAUGGGCGGGGGUAGAGCCCCGCCGGAGACGCUGGGCGGCUGCCGGUGACAGACUGUGCCCUGUCCACGGCGCCUCCUGCAUGUCCUGCUGCUCUGAGCUGUCCCGAGCUAGGUGACAGCGUACCACGCUGCCACCAUGAACGAGGUGUCUGUCAUCAAAGAAGGCUGGCUCCACAAGCGUGGUGAAUACAUCAAGACCUGGAGGCCACGGUACUUCCUGCUGAAGAGCGACGGCUCCUUCAUUGGAUACAAGGAGAGGCCCGAGGCCCCUGAUCAGACCCUACCCCCCUUAAACAACUUCUCCGUAGCAGAAUGCCAGCUGAUGAAGACCGAGAGGCCGCGACCCAACACCUUUGUCAUACGCUGCCUGCAGUGGACCACAGUCAUCGAGAGGACCUUCCACGUGGAUUCUCCAGACGAGAGGGAGGAGUGGAUGCGGGCCAUCCAGAUGGUCGCCAAUAGCCUCAAGCAGCGGGCCCCAGGCGAGGACCCCAUGGACUACAAGUGUGGCUCCCCCAGUGACUCCUCCACGGCUGAGGAGAUGGAAGUGGCGGUCAGCAAGGCACGGGCUAAAGUGACCAUGAAUGACUUCGACUAUCUCAAACUCCUUGGCAAGGGAACCUUUGGCAAAGUCAUCCUGGUGCGGGAGAAGGCCACUGGCCGCUACUACGCCAUGAAGAUCCUGCGGAAGGAAGUCAUCAUUGCCAAGGAUGAAGUCGCUCACACAGUCACCGAGAGCCGGGUCCUCCAGAACACCAGGCACCCGUUCCUCACUGCGCUGAAGUACGCCUUCCAGACCCAUGACCGCCUGUGCUUCGUGAUGGAGUACGCCAAUGGGGGUGAGCUGUUCUUCCACCUGUCCCGGGAGCGUGUCUUCACAGAGGAGCGGGCCCGGUUUUAUGGUGCAGAGAUCGUCUCGGCUCUUGAGUACUUGCACUCGCGGGACGUGGUAUACCGCGACAUCAAGCUGGAAAACCUCAUGCUGGACAAAGAUGGCCACAUCAAGAUCACUGACUUUGGCCUCUGCAAAGAAGGCAUCAGUGACGGGGCCACCAUGAAAACCUUCUGUGGGACCCCGGAGUACCUGGCGCCUGAGGUGCUGGAGGACAAUGACUAUGGCCGGGCCGUGGACUGGUGGGGGCUGGGUGUGGUCAUGUACGAGAUGAUGUGCGGCCGCCUGCCCUUCUACAACCAGGACCACGAGCGCCUCUUCGAGCUCAUCCUCAUGGAAGAGAUCCGCUUCCCGCGCACGCUCAGCCCCGAGGCCAAGUCCCUGCUUGCUGGGCUGCUUAAGAAGGACCCCAAGCAGAGGCUUGGUGGGGGGCCCAGCGAUGCCAAGGAGGUCAUGGAGCACAGGUUCUUCCUCAGCAUCAACUGGCAGGACGUGGUCCAGAAGAAGCUCCUGCCACCCUUCAAACCUCAGGUCACGUCCGAGGUCGACACAAGGUACUUCGAUGAUGAAUUCACCGCCCAGUCCAUCACAAUCACACCCCCUGACCGCUAUGACAGCCUGGGCUUACUGGAGCUGGACCAGCGGACCCACUUCCCCCAGUUCUCCUACUCGGCCAGCAUCCGCGAGUGAGCAGUCUGCCCACGCAGAGGACGCAUGCACGCUGCCAUCACCGCCGGGUGGUUUUUUCCCCCUAACUUUUUACUUUGCCUUUUUGGUUUGUGUCCCCACCCCCACCUCCUCACCCCCUUUCCAGUUCUUCUUCAGGCCCCUCCCAGACGCACCCCAGCGGCCCCUGCAGCCCCUGCAGCCCCUGCCUCCAGCCUCACCUUUGUGCCCAGACUCGCAUUUGGGAGACUCCACCUCCCGACCAGGCCCGGGCUGUUGGGCGGUUGGAGAUUCAGGUUUUAAUCCACACAAGCCCCAGUGAGGGGUGAAGCAUGGUGCCCGGGGCCUGCCUGAGUUUCUGGCCUGGGUGUCGUACUGGUGUCUGCCUCUGAGCCGCUGCUUCUGGAUGAAGGCUGCCUUCUGGUGGGAUGCGACACCCGGCAGACAGUGGUGCUGCCUUCCAGGCCCCGUGGCCUAGGCUCGGAGUGGCCAGGCACGGGGCGGUCCAAUCCCCCACCCACUGUCCCCCCAUGGGGGCAGAAAAGCAAUAAUGUCCAGGGGCAGGCAGGGGCCCUUGGGAGCUGCAGGGUCGGAGGUUAGGGCUGCUCCCUGGUGAAUGGAGCCAGAUCCUAGGAUCUGUACCAUGGGGAACCAGGAGUGGCUGGGCUGGGCGCCGCCUCCUGGUCCUGCCUCCUCCCUACCAAACUGUCCUCACCCUAUGGAUGAGGCAGGAGGAACAUUUGGGGGCAAACCUGCCUGCCUCCCAGCCCUGUGCCUUACUAGGGCUUCCUUCCAGCUGGCCUUACCUCCCACGGGACCCUGGGCCUGGCCUGGCCCCACUGGGGGGCUGUGGGCUGGGCUCACCUUCUCCUUUGCGGGGGUGGAGGGGCACCAGCCUUGGCUGUUACAAUCUUACACCGGACAGUAUUGGGCCCCAUGGACUCGGUCAGGGAGGGGUGGCGGUGGGCAUCUCUGGUACCUAUUGGGGUGGGGGGCCUCCGAGAAGGGAGGCUCCUAGGCCCCCCUAACCCUCCCUCUCCCCAGGGCCCCACGUUCUGCAGCCUUAAGGUUUAACAUGAGCGCACGUCCAUGUCAGUGCUGUGGGACUCCUGUGCGUGCCUCGGACUGCGUGUGUCGGCAGGAUGCAGGCACACGUGGGUGUGUUUGCAUGUGUGUUUGUGUGAGGGCAGCGUGUCCUCCAGUGUGCAUGGUGUGUGGGCUUGGGCCCCAUCCCUGGCCCGAGCAUUUCAUCCUGUGGGGGAGGGGUGCUGACCUAGUGGGAGGAGCCCCACCGUGAUCCAUGAGCUGCCCUGCCCACGCCUCCCCUCCCUGUAGCAACACCUCUGGGUGUUUGGAGUUUAGCUUUUGUGGGUUUGCUCUCCCUACCCCAUCUCCUAUACUACGCAGUUCAUGGCAGGGUGGGGAGGGGUGGGGUUGGUUCGGGUGGGUGAGGGUCUUUUUCCUCUGUGUGCGAUGUCGUUAUCUGACAGUUCUCCGUCCCUACUGGCCUUUCUCCUCGUCUUCAUAUUUGUACGGUACAAGCAAUAAAGACACUCAUUUCAGA